CCGCUCCGAGGCCCCGCAGCUAUGGCGGCGUUGGCAGCUGUGGCGACACCUCUGCGGAGACCCGGCAGGCGCUUCCGGUGGCGGACGUGGGCUUCUGCGAGAGGGCUGCGGGGUGCAGCGGUAGGUGCGGCAGGGCAGCAGGACUACGAUCUCCUGGUAAUUGGUGGGGGAUCUGGUGGCCUGGCUUGUGCGAAGGAAGCUGCUCAGCUAGGAAGGAAGGUGGCUGUGGUUGACUAUGUGGAGCCUUCUCCCCGAGGCACCAGAUGGGGCCUCGGUGGCACCUGUGUCAAUGUGGGCUGCAUCCCCAAGAAGCUAAUGCAUUAUGCUGCACUGCUGGGGCACAUGAUCCAAGAUGCCCACCACUAUGGCUGGGAGGUGGCCCAGCCCAUCCAGCACGACUGGAAAAAAAUGGCAGAAGCUGUGCAAAACCAUGUGAAGUCCUUGAACUGGGGGCACCGUGUCCAGCUGCAGGACAGAAAAGUCACAUAUUUUAACAUCAAAGCCAGCUUUGUCAACAAGUACACAGUUUGUGGCAUCACAAAAGGUGGGAAAGAAAUGUUGCUUUCGGCUGAACACAUCGUCAUUGCUACUGGAGGGCGGCCAAAGUACCCCACACAUAUCGAAGGUGCCUUGGAAUAUGGAAUUACAAGUGACGACAUCUUCUGGCUGAAAGAAUCCCCUGGAAAAACGUUGGUGGUUGGGGCCAGCUAUAUAGCCCUGGAGUGUGCUGGGUUCCUCACAGGGAUCGGCCUGGACACCACCGUCAUGAUGCGCAGCAUCCCCCUCCGAGGCUUUGACCAGCAAAUGUCUUCUUUGGUCACAGAGCACAUGGAGUCUCAUGGCACCAGAUUCCUGAGAGGCUGCACCCCCUCCCACAUCAGGAAGCUCCCAGAUGGUCAGCUCCAGGUCACCUGGAAGGAUGGUAUCUCUGGCAAAGAGGACACGGGCACUUUUGACACAGUCCUGUGGGCCAUAGGUCGAGUCCCAGAAACCAGAAGUCUGAACCUAGAGAAGGCAGGAGUGAAUACCAACUCCCAGAAUCAGAAGAUUUUCGUGGAUUCCCAGGAAGCCACUUCUGUCCCCCACAUCUACGCUAUUGGAGAUGUUGCUGAGGGGCGACCUGAGCUGACACCCACAGCCAUCAUGGCAGGGAGGCUUCUGGCCCAGCGGCUCUUUGGGCAGUCCUCAGACCUGAUGGAUUAUAACCACGUUCCCACGACUGUAUUCACUCCGCUGGAGUAUGGCUGUGUGGGGCUAUCAGAAGAAGAAGCCGUGGCCCGCCACGGACAGGAGCAUGUUGAGGUUUAUCAUGCAUAUUAUAAACCCCUGGAGUUCACAGUGGCCGAACGGGAUGCAUCCCAGUGUUACAUAAAGAUGGUGUGCCUGAGGGAGCCUCCACAGCUGGUGCUGGGCCUGCAUUUCCUCGGCCCCAACGCCGGCGAAGUUACUCAAGGAUUCACUCUGGGGAUCAAGUGUGGGGCUUCCUAUGCACAGGUGAUGCGGACGGUAGGUAUCCACCCCACCUGUGCCGAGGAGGUGGUCAAGCUGCGCAUCUCCAAGCGCUCAGGCCUGGACCCCACCGUGACCGGCUGCUGAGGUUAAGCUGCCAUCCCUGCAAGACUAAGGGUACACAGUAUGCCGCCCCCACUGCCAGCCUUCAGAGGCCCAGAUCCAGGUGUUGUACCUGUCAGCUCUCCAGUGCCCAGUCAUGUCAGGGCAGGAAAGUGCACCAGGAGGCCCAGAAUGAUUUUCACUAACCUUCCCAGGCUGGCCUUGAACUUGCAAUUCUCCUGCCUCAGCUUCCCAAGCAGCUGGGAUUAUAGCUGUGUGGGACCAUAACUGACAAGGAUGGACUUUGUUUUUAAGAACAGGUUGGAGAUAGCAGAAUAAAGGACUGUGGUUGACUGAAAUCGUGGAAAGUGAAACUGCAGAUAAGGGAGGACUAUUGUACUAGGAUCUGUACAUGUCAUUGUGAAAUAACAAAAACAACAAUAAUAACAACAACGACGAUGAGGAUGAUGAUGAUGAUGAUCAUGAUGAUCAUGAUGACGACGAUGAAUAGAAUGAAACUCACAAAGGCAACACUGAUCUCUAAAGGCUGAAGCAUACCUUAGGAGGCUACAGAGCUGACAUCAACCCUUAACACCUGAGCGCCGAAGUCCUCAAGCCAGUGUCCUCUGUGUGACCACCAGCUCUGGGCCUCCCGAUUUAAACACAGCCAGGGCCAGGGAUUUGGCUCAGUGGUUUUGGCGCCUGCUGCGCAAGCGUGAGAACCCGAGUUCAAUCCCUGGUACCAAAAAAAAAAGAUACAUUUCUUAAACACAGCCAGAAGUCCACACAGGUAGGGGCAUUUCCCAUGAGGGGCUGUGAUCUGGGCAGGGGACUCUCAAGUUUAUCACUCCCUGGGUUAGUCCUGGCCAUCUGUGACAUGCAUAUCUAAUAAGAACAUUGGCAUCAUGUGCUGGGGAGCUGGUGGACUCUAAGCAAAAUGAAUUUUCAUACUGUGUGUGUGAAAAGGUAGCACUGGACUCUGUUAAAGAUCUAGCCCACAGGGAAGUUAAAAUCACUUAAGGAGAUAUAUUGAAUUUAAUGUAAUGCAUCUCAUUAGUAGAGCAAACAGGAAAAAAACUGUGUGAUCAUCUCAGUUAAUACAGAAAAAGGCUGGGCAUGGUGGGGCAAGCCUGUAGUUUCAGCUACUCGGGAGAUAGAAACAGGAAAAUUGCAAAUACAAGCCCAACCUGGGCAACUUAGUAAGAUCUCAUCUCAAAGUAAAAAAUUAAAAGUACUGUAGCUCAGCACUCCCCAGGUUCAGUCCCUAGUACCAAAGAAAAACAAAACAAAACAAAACUGAGAAAGAGCAUCUGACAAUAUCCAACACUUUUUCAUGACAAAAAUAUUCAGUUUCUUCAAUGUGAUAACUCAUACAUGGAGAACUCAACAGCCAACAGACUAUUCCAAGAUGCAAGCCUACAGCUUUUCCUGUAAGGUCAGGAGCAAAACAGGGAUGCCUGCUUUUGCCACAUCAUUUGCAAUACAGAACUGGAAGACCUCACCAGAGCAAGUGGGCAAGACAAAGAUCAAGUACCCAGAAUGGAAAGGAAGAAGUAAAAUGAUCUCUGUUCACAGAUGCCAUGAUCUUAUAUGUAGAAAACCCUGAAGAUUUCACAAAAGCACUGUUACAGCAAAUGAAUUCAGCAGUUUCCGAAUAUAAAAUCACCACACAGAAAUCAGCUGCAUUUCUGUGUACUAACAAUGAAUCACAGAAGGAAAUGAUACUGGGGAAAGAUUCUCAUGCAAGUGCAAGUACAAGAAGGGCCUAGCACAUAUUAGACAAGUGCUCUAUCACUGAGCUGCAUUCCCGGCCCUUUUUAUUUUUGAGAUAGCAUCUUGCUAAAUUGCCCAGGUUGGCAUCAAACUUCCAAUCCUCUUGCUUCAGCCUCCCUGAGUGGCUGGAAUUACGGUUGUGUGUUACUGUGCCCUGAUAAUGGUUCCAUUUAAAAAGCACAAAAAAAUUGUUAGGAAUUAACCAAGGCAGUGAAAGACUUGUACACUGAAAACUACAAAUCAUUGCUAAAAGAAAUAAAAGAAACCUUAAAUAAAUGGAAAAGAAUAUGGUGCUCAUAGAACACCUAAUAUUGUUAAAAUGUCUAUAUCACCCAAAAAAUCUACAGAUUCAAUUCAGUUCCUAUUAAAAUAUCAGUGUUUUUUUGUUUUGUUUUGUUUUGUUUUUGGGUACCAGGGAUCAAACUUGGGUCCUUGCGCUUGCACAGCAGGCGGCAAAAUCACUGAGCUAAAUCCCUACCCUUCAGUGGUAUUUUUGAAAAAAUAGAAAACUCCAUUCUAAAAUUCAUACGGAAACUCAAGGAACUCCUAAACAGUAUUAGAGAUCUUAUAAUUUCUGAUUUCAAAACUUAGAACAAAGUUAUAGUAAUCACUAUUGUAAAGUGAUACUGGUAUAACGAAAGAUAUAGAAACCAAACGAAUAGAAUGGCCCAGAAAUAAACCCUCACAUAUAUUGUCAAAUGAUUCUGACAAGGCUGCCAAGACAGGAAAAGGACAGUCUUUUAACAAAUGGUGUUGGGAGGGCCAGGGAUUUAGCUCAGUGAUUUUGCUGCCUGCUGCGCAAGCACAAGGACCAGAGUUCGAUCCCUGGUACCAAACAAAAAACAAAUGGUGUUGGGAAAACUGAAUAUCCACAUGCAAAAGAAUAAAGCUGGGUCCUUACAAAUGCUAUAUACAAAAAUUAACUCUAAAUAGAUCAAACACUUAAGUAAGUAUGACCUAAAACUAUAAAACUCUAAAAGAAACUCAUAGGGCAAAACCUUCAUAAUACUGGAUUUGGCAUUGAGUUCUUGGAUAUGACAUUAAAGGCACAGGCAACAACAACAACAAAUACACAAAUUAUACUUAUUGAAAAUUUUAAAAUUCUAUGUUUCAAGGGACAGUAUUAACAGAAUGAAAGGCAACCCAUGAUAUGGGAGAAAUACUAGAAAAUUGUAUAUAUGUAUAAUUAUAUACAUAUAUAUGCACACACAUGCAUAUAUAUCUAGAAUAUUUAGAAAGCUCUUACAACUCCCAAACAAACAAAAAUCCCAAUUAAAAAUAUGCACAGGAAAAAAAUAUGCACAGGAAAAAAAUAUCCACAGGAUUUAGACAUUUUUCCAGUGAAGACAUACAAAUGGCCAAUAAAUAGGAAAAGAUAUUCAAUACCACUAGUCACUUGGGAAAAUGCAAAUCAAAACCACAAUGAGAUACCAUAAGGAUGGCUAUUAUUUGAAAACUCAGAAAAUAACCAAGUGUUGGGAGGAUGCAGAGAAAUUGGGAAUCCUUGUGCAUUGCUAGUGGGAAUGUAAAAUGAUGCAGCUCCUAUGGAGAACAGUUUGACAGUUCCUCAAAAAGCAAAACAGAAUUACUAUGUGAUUCAGCAACCUCCCUCAUUUAGGCAUGUACGUAAAAGAAGUGAAAUCAGGGACUCAAACAGAUAUUUGUACAAUGUUCAUAGUACCAUUAUUCACAAUGGUCAGAAAGUGGAAACAGAGGCUGGGGAUUGAGCUCAGUGGUUCCACCGCCUGCCUCAAAAGUGCAAGGUCCUGAGUUUGAUCCCUGGUACCAAAAAAAAAAAAAAAAAAAAAAGUGGAAACAAACCGUUCGUGGAGAGACAAAUAGGCAAAUGUGAUAUAUAUUCACAAAAUGUGGUAUAAAAAAGGAAGGAAAUCCUGACACAUGCUGUAACAUGGAUGAAUCUUGAAAACAUGUUAGUGAAAUAUAACAGUCACAAAAGGACAAAUAUUGAAUGUGUCCACUUAGACAUCUGGAAUAGUCAAAUUUAUAAGGCCAGAAAGUAGACUAGUGGGUGCCAGGGCUGGAAGGUGGGAAGGAAUGAGUAUUUAAUGGGUGCAGAAUUUCUGAGGUGAUGAAAAGCUCUGGGAAUAACAGUGAUGACUGGAUGACAGACAGUAUGAAUGUAUUUAAGGCCACUGAAUUGCACACCCAACGGUAAAUGUUUUGUAUAUUUUACUACAAUAAAAAAAUACAUAGAAGUUGGCCUGAAACAACAAAAAAGCAAUUUGGACACCUCCCCACCCUCCGCCAGUGUUUGGGUCCAGUUGGAUUAGUCUUUGCACAAGCCUGCUGCCCACUUUCUGCUGACUGCCUCUAAAUUGGUUUGAGCUGCCUGAAGCCUGAGGUAAGCCGAAUUCACAAGAACUCCCCCUCUCCCUUGAGGGAGGAAGUUUAAAUUAUCAGGUCAAUUAGGAAAGAUACAACCGAAAAAUCCAAGUUUCAUUCACACUUCAAGGAGGUGUUUCCUGGCUGGGUGCCAUUUUUAUUAUUUUUGGCCCAGGUGACUGAAAGCCCCACAGACCCAGGCAAGGUACAAUGUGAUCUUUGAUUCACAUUUCAAGGAUCAAAGCGAGUGAGUUUGGGUGUAAAUGCAGAUAACAUUUCAGAGAUCUUUCAUGAAAGGAGUGACUAGACCAGGGCAGAAAAGGAGUUGGUGUGUUACGUGUGUGUUCGCCUUCAGAAGUGUUAUUUUCCAGCAAAUCCAGCUGCCCGUCCCAGGGACCCCUGCCUGCAUCGAAGUCCUUGGUCCAUCCAUUGACAUUAGGUCCUGGCAUCAUUUUCCACCUCCUCUAGGCAUGAUGAGGCUGCAGGGAGGUAGAGUGGGUCCUGAAUGUGCAUGUAAGAAGCACACAGCUUCAUUCUCUCCUAGUGUUUCCAAAGUGGCUGGGUGCUAACUGGCUCACCAAUGCUGGGUGGGACGCCUGGGAUGGGCAGAGCUCUGUGGGAAGACCUUGACAGCCUGCUCUCAUUGUCCUUUCUAGGUCCACCCACGACAGAAAUCCCACAGGCCCUGCGUGGAGAAUCCUUCCGGCCAGCCUGUCCUGGGUCUCCCGUCUGGGCUGCAGGUGACGCUUGGAUUCUAGCUUUUCCUGGCAAGACAGUCUGUCCGGUCUCCAACUACGGAUCCCUGGAUCCUUUAAGCGGCUUGCACCUCGAAUAUUCGCAGAUUGCCUCGGAUGAUGGCCUGCUUCUGACAAUCCCUUCGGCUCUCCUGAGGCUGCAGCUGUCAGCUCCCCAGUCCUCAGCACUUGCCUGGAACGCCCGGGUCUCCCACGCCCUGUUCAGCUGAUCCCUGUCCUGUUUUGUUGUGUGUGCUGCCUGUCUACACCAUCUUUGUGCAGGCUCUUUCUCCCAUCUCCCCUCUGCUCCCAGCAUUCGACUUGCGCAGUGGGUGGGGCCCUCCAUUUGGACAGCCACCAAUUAUGCCAGCACACACGUUUGUCAGCAGUUGGAUUGGGCCUUUCCUAGGGUGGCAUGUACUUUCCUUAUGGAUCCCUGGAUUGAAGAGCCCUACUGUGGGGAUGCUGUGUACCUGUGCACAUCCAUGGAGCAGAAGAGCACAGCUAGCGAUUUUGCCAGUGGUAAGCCCACGGAAAGCUUCCCCCUCCCAAACUGCACUUGUCUGGGCCCUUCAGGAUGGACUUCCACUGAGUGCUCAUCUAAGACUCAGGCAUCUUUGAUGGCUCCCCACGCCUGCUAGAUUACUUUUUGGCCCAUUUGGGAGAUUUCAUGACCUUUUACUUCAAGCACCGCAGGACAACCUGAGCUGUCUGUGAGAUCCUUGGACACCUGAUGAUGGCUGAGUCUGGGCCUGGACAGCCCCCUGCUUUGAUGGGGACCUGCUCCUGCCUGAUGAUUACAAGAUCUUCCAGGAUAUUGAGGCUUUUCAAGACCCAAACAGUUUAGCUGAGUACCAUGCCAUAGUUCCCUGUCCCUUACCUCUAGGCUCAGGCCAGCUGCCAGUGGCCCCACAACCAUCAUUAGUGAGGCAGUUCUUGGAGGUCCUAACACUGAACUUGGGCACUACUCUUAGGCCUGACCCAGCUGUUCUGGCCACCCCUGCUGUGUCCAGGCCCAAUUCUACAUCUGAAAAUGCUCUACCCAAGCAGCAGCUACCCAAGAAGAACAUCCCUGUAUCCCAGAAGUGCUCUGCCCUGUCAUGUUCUGCAUAUAACUCUGAUCCUGGUCCUGAGGGGCUAGCCACCUUCUAGCCAGAGAGGGCGACCCCAAAUGUAUCCCCACACCUUUACAAUAUGCUGAUCCCCCUGCCCAGAAGUCAGAAAAAAGGAGGUUUCUGGAUAGAAGGGAGAGCAGAAGGUAUCCAUGGGUACACUACAGGGGGUGUUAAGUGCCCCAGAGAUCCCAGGAGAGCCACCCUUUUGUCCAUUUCCCUACCCUGCAUGCCUAAGUUCUGAGCGUGGUGCAGGCACGUGCAGCAGGUUCCCUUGUGAUUAAAUGCCCCACAUGGCUGUGGAGCUCCUUGGUCCUAGUCAGGGCAGAGUGGUGUCCUCAGGUGACUCUAUAUGACCCUGUCACUGAACGAGGAGGUGUACCUCGUCCUUCAGUCCUGCUGGGUUCCCAGCUGCAUCCUCACCCAUCACCUGGGUGUGCUGUCUUGCCAGGCCUGUUCCCACUAGUUGGUUAUUUCUGUAGAUCAGCUCCCAUUAGAUAGUUAUACCAACCUUGUCACUUCCUGUUCCCACCUACCCGCCCACCCAAACACCACUGUUGGCAUUUCUCAACAUUGGGACUGAAUUGGGUCUGCCAUACUUGGCCUGUUUGGAGGUGGUUUUGUACCGUAUCUAUGUUUUUGUUUCCCAUCCCCGACAUCCUGUUCCUUUAACUUGUGACCUCCAAGCUGGAAUGUAUGUAAGGUGACAUGGAGAAAACCGCUUUUUUAAUAUCACUUUUAAUGUUACACAUUUAUGAGGUACAUUGUGAUAAUUCAUUACAUACAGUGUAUACAAUGUAAUGUCACAUCAGAGAUUGGCAUUUCCAUCUCCUUAAACAUUUAUCAUUUGUGUUAGAAAUCUUUAAACUCCCUUCUUUAUAAAAAAUAUAAUUGUGUA